AUGAUGAAUCCAAGACCUGGUAACCCACCAAGUGGCGAUGCAAAGUCUCCACAAGGAACUCCCUAUGUUGGAAGUAAAAUUAGUUUGAUUUCCAAAAGCGAUAUUCGUUAUGAGGGUAUUCUGUUUAACGUGGAUACCGUUUCUAGUACUGUAGCUUUGAGAGAUGUCAAAAUGUUUGGUACUGAAGGAAGAAAACAAGGAGAACAAAUUCCUCCUCUCGACAAGAUCUAUCCCUUCAUCAUCUUCAAGGGAACUGACAUCAAGGAUCUCACAGUUUGCGAACCUCCUUCUCAACCACCUCAACAACAGCCACAACAACCAAUGAUUCCUUCAUCAUCAAGAUUACCGCAAAAUGAAGUUGGUGGAAUGCCAUAUCCAACACUUCCAAUGGGAGGAAAUAAUCCUCCUGGUUUUCCAAAUCCUGGAAUGAUGCCACCAAACAUGAAUCCUUACAUGAAUCCAUACUUUUAUCCUCCUUAUGGUGGACCAAUGGGAUUCAACCCAAUGGGAAUGCCAAAUCCAAUGGUAAAUAUGCCUCCUAAAAACGUUCCUCCACCACAACAGCAACAAACCCAGCUUCCACCAACGCAAACCAUUCAACAAUCACCAAAACAACAACAACCGGUAGUUACAACCUCUCCUCAGCCACAAGAGCAAGUUUCACAACAAUUAAAAUCUAGCGAGGUUGUUUCUCCUGUGGCUACUACAGCAACUUCUCCUGCUGUUUCAACAAGCGUUCAAGAGGAUGUUAAGCCAGUAACAACAGCACCAACCACUACCACAACAACAGCCACUGCUGCAACAGCAAGCACUUCCGAUAAGCCAGCAACAACGGGUGCUUCCAAGAAGGACAAAAAAGCAUUCGAGGAGGAGUUUGACAUUCAAGCUAAUCUUCAAAAGCUUGACAAGAAUGUUAUUGCUAAAGAAUUAGAGGAAAAGCAUAUUCACAAAGGAUACGACAAAUCAAGUGGCUUUUUCGAUACAAUUAGUCGUGAAAGUGAUGAAAAGAAAAAUAGAAGAACCAAACAAGAAAGACAAGAACAACAAAGACUUGACUUGGAAACAUUUGGAGAGACCAUGUCGAACGGAAGCGGAAGAGGCGGUCGUGGUGGUAGCAGAGGUGGAAGAGGCCGUGGUGGUAGUAGAGGAAGCUCAUCAUAUCGAGGUGGAAGAGGAUCUAGUACCAGAGGAAGCAGUAGAGGAGGUAGAGGAACUUCAAGAGCUGAAUCCAAUGAACAACAAUAA